ACCCAUUUUCCGGCCGGAAAUUCGGUAAAGCUUGGGGAUUUCUCCCUAUUUUCUUGUCUUAGAACACCUGUUAAACCCAGAAAAUCCCAAAUCUGCGUCUUCCUCCCUCUGUUGUCCGUCGGCUUCAACUUGUGGGUUUGAAAUUUCUGGGUGUUUUUCGCCGUGAGUUUUCCCCCAUGGGUCCCGUGGACUUCCUCACCAACCAAGCUCGCGUUCUGCUGGCUGGAAUUCUGGUUUUGAUCGUUCUGUCACCGUGGCACUUGGGUUAGCCUUUUGUUCUGUGCGAGUGAGGUAAGUAAAUCAUGGUAAAGCCCUUCGAUUUUAAAGCAUGUUUUAAACUGUUUUUGAGAUGGUGGCAAGGUUUAAAUUGAUUUUAAAUUGAUUUUAUCAGCAUCUGAAUAUGAUUAAACUGAAAUGGAAAUUGUGAUGGUUUUUAUGAGAAUUUCAUUGUUUUCUGGAAUUGAGCAUGAUUGGAAUGAAAUUGUUUUCGUUGCAUUGAGUAGAGCAUGCCUAUUUGGAAAUUGACUGAACUGUUUUGAUGAACUGAGAGUUUUGUAAAUUCUGAUUUUUCUGUUAAAUCCAUGCUCACAUGGAGAUUUUCCGUAACAAGCUCAAGCUAAAUGUUAUUAGUUUGGUCCCCAAUCUCCCUGCACAUGGACAAGGGGAGGCCAAGAAACUCCUCACUCACUAUCUCGAAAUCAGCAUCUCUGCUCUCCAUUCUAAUCUCCCUGCCAUUGAUAUUGUUGAACUCGUUGUACGUUAAUCUCUUCGUCUCUGUCUCUAUUUCCGUCGUCCCCUGCUUUUUCUUCUUGAAAGACAAGUACUCAAUUCCUACUUUUUUCCUUAAAAAUAGCAGACGUGGUGAGAGAACUAGAAACGGAUCCUUUGUUCAAUUCCAGCCAUGGAUCUGCACUCACAGCCAAAGGAACGUUGGAAAUGGAGGCAAGCAUUAUGGACGGGAACAAAAGAAGGUGCAGCGUCGUAUCCAGUGUAACCACCGUGAAGAACCCAUCUCUCUUGCUCGUCUUGUGAUGGAAAAAUCACCACAUUCCUACCUAGCCUUCUCCAAUGCGGAAGAGUUCGGCCAGGAACAGGUUGAAAUACAUAAAUCUAAAUUUGAAAUGCAUAAGAUUGGAAGAGAAUUUGAAAUACAUGGAUUUUAAAGUAAUGAAAUACACAAUUCUAA